AAUCUUUCCACUUCUGCUGUAGCACCGUCCGACCAAUUGGUCGAAGAGACUGCUACAGAUAUGUCUCAAACUAAUGGCCUGACAAAACUAGCCUACUCCCGCACCUGGCACCACAUCUCCUGCACCGUCCCCCAUCCUUCCCUCUCCCCCCUCCGCCCCUCGCCCUCCUCUCCCUCCUCGCACCCCCCUCCCUCACUCGGCCGCCUCGCAUCCCGCAUCGCGAUCCUGCUGAUGGGCAAACACAAACCGAUCUUCGACCCAUCAACCGACUGCGGCGACUACGUCGUCGUCACGGAUUGCGCGCAGCUAUACACGACCGGCAAGAAGCGGUGGCAGAAAUUGUACUAUCGGCAUAAUACACGCCCGGGGAGCCUGAAGAGUGUGAGCAUGGAUGAGUUGAUGGGGAAGCUUGGGGGAGCGGAGGUGCUGAGGAAGGCGGUUAGUGGGAUGUUGCCGAAGAAUCGGUUGAGGGAUGAUCGGCUUGCAAGGUUAAAAGCUUUUGAAGGGGAGGCCCAUCCGUAUAAGGACAACAUCGUCAAGUUCCGGGGCGUUAGUAAUGUGGUUCAAUGGCCGAGGGAGGAAGCUGCUGUGAAGGAGGAGGUUAGGUUAUGAUUCAGCGGGCAGACGUGUAUAUGAGGGAAAUAGUUGUGUUGGGUGUAUGUAUAUCAUGGUAUUUGUACGGCGAAUUCGGGAAUUGAGAAUGUAAGAUAUGCCCAAAAAUGGGUUGGGAAGAAAUCUUCUGUUGCGGCACGGGUUAUUGUGAUGGUUUUUGUUAAGUUUGUUGGCUUGAUGAUCGAGUGGUCAUGGAUUGAUUCUGUAUUCUUUUCUUGUUACUGCUGCUAUGCUUUUUCAGAUCAUCUUUUAUAUCCUCGGAAGAUAUCUAUACCGGUCCUUCGCCUCCCAGCACUACAGCAUCC